CGAGUACUUGAAAGUUGACGAUGGUCUUCAAACAAGUAUUUAUCCUCGUGAUACAGAUUUGGAUGGUAAUUUCAUGGGAACCUCAAUUUUUUCUGGGACGUCCUAUGUUUGGGACCAGAAAAGGCCACGAACAUAUGCGACUUCUUCUUCUAGAGAAGGAAACUGGAAAAACUAUGAUGAACGAGUUUUCACAUAUCGCAACCACAAGUGGACCAGCCGAAAAGUUUUUCACUCAAAAACUCAAUCACUUUGAUGCUACCAACAAUGCAACAUGGCAACAGCGUUAUUUCUACAAUGCUCAAUAUUAUUCCGGUUCAAACGUGGCCUUUCUUAUGAUAGGAGGAGAAGGCCCUGAAAGCAUAGAUUGGGUAACCAACAAGAAUUACCCAUUUGUCAAAUGGGCUGAGCAGUUCGGCGCUAUGAUGUUCUCACUUGAGCAUCGAUUCUAUGGAAAAAGUCGUCCGACUCCUGACCAAUCGGUAGAAAAUCUGCAUUAUCUGAGCAGCAGACAAGCACUAGAGGACAUUGCAUUCUUUAUAAAAGCUAUGAACAAAGAGCAUCAUCUGGAAAAUGCGAGUUGGAUAACGUUUGGAGGAUUUUAUUCGGGUGCUCUUUCGCUUUGGGCUCGCCAAAAAUACCCAGAUUUAAUUGCUGGUGCUGUAGGCAGUUCUGCUCCAAUGAACGCAGUGGUUGACUUUUGGGGUUAUUUGGACGCCGCGGAGAAUGCCUUACGUUCAUAUAGCGAAGACUGCGCGGAAAAUGUCAAAAAAGCUUUCGAAACUUUUGAAAAUCUCAUGCUCACUCGAGAGGGACGCGAUAAGCUUGAUGAUCUUUUUAUGUUGAAACCAAAUUUCUCAGAUAGACAUGAUACGACCAUCGGUUAUGAUGACACGCAAUUCCUCCACAUGACGAUCUUUGAAAAAUUUCAAGAAGCAGUACAAUACAGCGGAGUAAAUCAGGGCAGGUUCGUCGAGGGCUUUGGCAUUCCACAAGUCUGUGAGAUAAUGACUAGCGGCUCUGAUCCAUUACAGCAACUUCAAGAUGUUAAUGAAUAUAUGAGCUACAAUGGUUUCAAUCACACUUGUAACGAUUACGGCGAAAUGAUAGAUUAUCUCUGGAAAGAAGAAUUCAGUGAUGAGCUUGAGUUUGACUCUGGUGCGCGAAGUUGGUUAUGGCAGACAUGCACCGAAUUUGGCUACUAUCAGUCCACUGACGGUGGUCCGAAAGGAAUUUUCGGUUCUGGCACUCCUUUAACACUGUACCUCGAUAUGUGUUAUGAUGUAUUUGGAGACGUAUACAAUAGCACAUUCAUAAAAGCAGCUGUGCACAGGACGCAGAUGGAAUAUGGCGGUUCAGAGAACUAUAAAGGUACAAAUGUUGUGAUUCCCAAUGGAUCUAUCGAUCCGUGGCAUGCUUUGGGCAAGUACUCCUCUAGCGACCCGUCAGUAGUCUGGUACCUAAUGAAUGGGACAGCUCAUUGUGCAGACAUGUAUCCGCCAUCCGAAAACGAUAAGCCCGAUCUGAAGACAGUCCGCACCUUGAUUGAGAGAAACCUAAAAAAAUGGCUGGAAAGUCAAGGAAGAGACCGAAGUAAUCCUCAAAUACUAUCUUGGACGAAACCACAGUCGAGAGCCUUGCUAAAGCCGGAAGAAAGAAAACCGAUUGUCAAGAAACGUGAUGAUGUAAAGACUUUUCCUAAAUGGAAGCACAACAAAAGAGCGUUCAUGGGCAGACCUCCACACGGUUUUGUACCUCCGCCUGAUAAGGCUAACAAUAUAGCUUCGUACACUUUGACGUAUUUUUCUCAGCCAUACGACCAUUUCAACCCUGAAACGGACUACUUCUACCAGCAAGUGCUUAUAAACUCUCAAUGGGCUACUCCCAAUGGUCCCCAUUUUUUGAAAAUUGGGGGAGAUUCACCACAGUCUGAAGAAUGGGUGAUAAACGAAGACUUGCCCUAUCUGCAAUGGGCAAAAAAAUUCGGAGCAACCGUGCACUCUAUUGAACACAGAUACUAUGGCGAAAGCAUAGUCGGAGGGACAAGGGAAGACCCCAACCCAGAUCUCACGUAUUUGUCUUCACUUCAAAUGUUAUAUGAUGUGGCUGAUUACAUACGAAGCGUCAACUAUCAUUCAAAUAGUACAGGCCCCUGGAUCGUCUUUGGUGGUUCAUAUGCAGGUAACUUAGCUGUAUGGGCGCGUCAACUAUUCCCUGACUUGAUUACUGGAGCCGUUGGUUCUUCUGCACCAGUGGAAGCUAAAUUGGAUUUUUAUGAGUAUCUAGAAGUGUUGGAAAAAGCAGUAUUCGAUUAUGAUCUCUCGUGUGCGUUUGAAAUAUACGAAGAUAUUCAAUAUUUGCAUAGCCUUACUCUUAGUGGUUCUGGCAGAAAGAAUAUUUCUGAUGCAUUUAAACUAAUACCGCCAUGGGACGAGAACACCACUGUUACUGCUUUGGACGUGCAGUUUUUCUUCUCUAAUAUAUAUGGACAGUAUCAGAGUGCUGUACAAUAUAACGGCGUCAAUAAGGGACCUUACGCUGAUGGCUACGGUAUACCGCAGAUGUGCGAGAUUUUGUUACCUGAGAAAAGGAGUAUUCUUAAAAAACUUGCCACUUUCAAUGAGUAUAUGUUAAAGAUGUAUUCGGAAGAAGAAACAUUCAAUGGCACAGAAAAUAGUUACUCUGAUUUUAUUAGUACGUUAAAAGAGUCUCAACGCUAUGGACCAGAAGCGGGGGCGUCAAUUCUCUGGACGUGGCAAACGUGUACGGAGUUUGGCUAUUUUCAGUCGACCGAUAGAGGGUUUGGCAUGUUUGGAAGCCCAACACCAGUAAACUUAUUUACUCGGAUUUGCACUGAUCUAUUUGGAGAAAACUACACGACGCAGGCGAUCCAAAAUAACAUUGAUAGAAUCAACCAUCAGUACGGCGGCAAAGAUUUUUUCAAAGGUACAAAUGUUGUACUUCCAAACGGCUCAAAUGAUCCUUGGCAUGCACUUGGACUGUACGAGUCCAACGAUCCCUCAGUUGUUUCUUACCUAAUUAGGGGUACUGCUCAUUGUGCAGACAUGUACCCAGCGAGGGAAGAAGAUCCGCCAGAGUUGAGGAAAGCUCGUAGAAUCGUAGAAGAAAAUAUAGCUAAGUGGCUCGGCAAAUCCGGCACUACAACAAUAUCACACAAGACUACUUCAAGCGCCUUGACAACAACGAUUACUUCUUCACAGUCUUCAGAGUUAAUUCUUGGUAUGGCUGUUCUAAUGAUUUCGCCUGCAAUGAUGCUGACUUUGUGGUAACACUAACUAUAUGGUGGCUCGAAAAUAAGGU